GGGAUGAGGAGAGUUGGAUUGCCGAGCGCAAGAGGAAGAGGAGCAUCGGCGACGACGCUGCUGCGGAGGCCGGAGGCGUGCUGGCGAUGAGGGAGAUGGAUAUGGAGAAGCUGCGAUCCGUCGUGCGGGAUUGCCUGGGCAAGCACUUGUACUCGUCGGCCAUUUUUUUCGCGGACAAAUUGGCCACCAUGGCGGGCAAUACGCCUCAGGAUUUGUACAUGCAGGCGCAGGCUCUGUACUUGGGGAAGGAAUUUCGGCGUGCUCUGCACCUGCUGCGACGAUUUCAUCUGGUGUCUGCGGAUUUGCGGUUUAGGUAUUUGGCCGCCAAGUGCCUGGCCGAGGUCAAGGAUUGGGAGGAAUGUCUGGUCAUGUUAGGGGAAGGGGAUGUGGAUGAGGACGGGAAUGUGGAGAUGGCGGAAGAGCAGGGGGUGGACCUGUCUGAAAGCAAAGAUGUCGAGGAGCGCGAAAUCCACAUCUCUUCUGCCAUGUGCCUCCUGCGCGGGCGAGCAUUUGAGGCGCUGGAGAACAGAGCGCGGGCGCUGUGUUGGUACAAGGCUGCUCUGAAGGCGGAUCCAUUUUGUUAUGAAGCAUUCGAGCACUUGGUCGACAAUCAUAUGUUGACGAACGAACAGGAAUCGAAACUGCUGACAUCUCUGAAAUUCGAUCCCGAAGAUCGGUGGCUGUCUUUGCUUUAUUCGUGCCGAGCUAACAAGUACGGCCAAGGCGCGAAGAUCGACAUGAAGAUCGCUGAGCUCGAGCAAGAGCUGGAAGAGCCUCAGAGCGAUGAUGAAAGUCGGGCAAUCUGCUCGUUGAAAGACAACACUGAUGUCAUGGCCUGUAGAGCGGAUUUGGAGUACCACAGGGGUGACUUCCAGAGGUGUUACGAGAGCACGAAAGCCUUAUUAGAAAAGGAUCCUUACCAUCUUAGAUGUAUGCCUCUGCACUUAGGCGCGGCGUUGGAAUUAGGCCGUAAGAACGAGCUGUUUUUGAGAGCUCACAGCUUGGUGCAGGAGUACCCGACCAAGGCCAUUGCUUGGUUUGCAGUUGGAUGCUACUACUAUUGUAUUCGGCAAUACGAUCACGCUCGACGUUACUUCUGUAAAGCUACGGCAAUGGAGUACUCUUUUGCUCCGGCUUGGCUAGGGUUUGGAAAUGCAUACGCAGCUCAGGACGAAAGCGACCAGGCAAUGGCUGCGUACAGAACAGCAGCUCGUCUUUUUGCAGGAUGCCACCUUCCCAAUCUGUGCAUAGGAAUGGAGUAUCUUCGUACCAAUAACCUGAAUCUCGCGGAACAAUUUCUCCUUCAAGCAAAAUCGAUUUGUCCUGACGAUCCCUUGGUUUUCAACGAGCUCGGUGUAAUGGCCUAUCGGAACAAGGAAUUCAAAAUUGCCGCGGACUGGUUCGAUAAAGCACUCAACUUGGCGCCCAAACCUUUAACCGACUCGUGGGAGCCCACAGUUGUCAACUUCGCACACACCUUGAGGAAACUGAAGAUGUAUGCCAAAGCUAUCUCGGAAUACGAGAAGGCUCUUGCACUGUAUCCAAGAGGAGCUAGCACAUACGCAGCUCUGGGUUUCACUCACCAUUUACAAGGAAACAGCUCUGUUGCCAUCGACUUCUAUCACAAGGCCUUGGGAUUGAAGCCAGAUGACUCCUUCACUGCAGAGAUGCUAUCAUUGGCUCUCGCAGAUGAGUGCCAUCUGCAGAACUCCUCCGGAAGUUCACAAUUAUUCUAGCCUAAAAUGCACUGUACAGACGAAUUCUUACCAUCGAAUUAGAGGUCUUCGGGACGAUAGCUGAUGAUCUCGGAAUCACAAUAAUGAUCAAGGUGCUCCGUUGCGGUCGAGGGAUGUCCAACUGAGGAUAAUGUACUCUACCACAUAUGGAUAAUUCAGAGUGGCGUUACCAGGUCUCUGGAAAACCAAGUGGGAUUUUUAAGGAUGCCCUGCAGCAGCUGGUUUCUGGAGGAAACAAGGCAGACGGAUUGUGUAGAGAACAACAGAAGGAUUUAGCCAGGAGGAUCUACUGCAGGAUCGAAUCGCCCGGUCUUGAGGAACCCUUUAUCCAUACAAGGAACAUCUAGGAGCACGGAUGCAGCUAAGGGAAAGAGAGAGGAUCGAGGUUUGAAGAGUUUGGAUGUGGACCAGGAUAGUCAAGUCAUGAAUUGACGAAGAUUCAGAAAGCGAUGCCGUUCUUAUUUCGGGAUGGCUUCUAAGAGUUAGCUCGAAGCAGGUGGCUGUCAGUCUCUUGGCGACUAUAUACGAACAAGGGCAUGAACAACUGAUCGACUUCUGAGAUGGCUGCCAGUAAAAUAUCCAGGAUUCUUGCAUGUUAUGCACCGAAAUGACGGUUUGCUCGUCUUCGGUCACAUAGAAACUUCCCUUUAUCAGAAACAGGGGUCCUAAGAGGUUUCAUUUACACAAGAAACACUCUGCUUGUAUGUACUUUUUCAAUUAUUAACAACUCGCAACGAUUUGCCUAGUAUUAUCUCUACGAGAGAUUUCUUUCGAAAAGAGAUAAUCAGGUGUUGUAGAUUUGAGGCCAUUGAAGCUACCGUUGCUAGUCACCAAUUUUAAGAAAAUCUGAAGGGGAGGAUACAUGAAAUGCCUACAUGGGCCACGUCCAAAUUUUUU